GCGGCCGCCCGAGGGUGCCUAGGCGAGCAGACUUUGGCCAGGUGUCUGCCUGGCUCCUCCCGCCGCCUCAACACGCAAUGGGCUUCCCCGCAGCGCUUCCCGGCCCCGCCCGCAGGGCUCCUCGGCACACAAAGGGCCCCCGCCCCUCUGUGCCUCCCCCAGCCCCGGAGCUCUGCGGCGUCCGCUCCCUGCGCCGGGCGUUUCCCCCGCUCCUCCUGCCGCCGGCGGGCCGCAGCCGCUGCUAAGGUGGGUCCGCGCCGAUCUCUCGUGCCUCCAGGCGCCGCAAGGAGAAAGCCGGGCUCGUAAUUGCUGAAUGAGCGUGACUCAGGGCUCGCCCAGCCCCUGCCAGGGACACCCCAGCGGCGGGACAGAGGCAGGCUCUGGCAGACUGCGCCGGGGGGGCAGAAUUUGGGAUCCUUCCUGCGGAGAGAGGCGAGCUGACUUCACGCUGCCCCUGGAGUGAUUCUGCAUGAGCAUUGCAAAGAUGUCAUGGCACCCUCAGUACCGGAGUUCCAAGUUCCGCCAUGUGUACGGCAAGCCUGCUAGCAAGGAGAAGUGCUACGACUGCGUCCCCAUCACCUGCAGUGUGCACGACAACCACUUCUGCGCUGUCAACCCCCACUUCAUUGCUGUCGUGACAGAGUGUGCAGGCGGCGGGGCUUUCCUCGUGAUACCCAUCCAUCAGACAGGCAAGCUUGAUCCUCACUACCCCAGGGUGUGCGGGCACAGAGGAAAUGUCCUGGACAUCAAGUGGAGCCCUUUUGAUGACUUUGUAAUCGCUUCCUGUUCUGAAGAUGCCACUGUGAAAAUCUGGGACAUCCCCAAACAUUUACUAACAAGGAACAUCACCAGUGCAAGGAAGGAGCUUCUGGGUCAUGCUCGAAGGGUGGGACUCAUUGAAUGGCAUCCUACGGCCAGCAACAUUCUCUUCAGUACUGGUUAUGAUUAUAAGAUAAUGAUCUGGAACCUCGACACAAAGGAGCCCGUAAUUCAAAAUCCGGUGAAGACAAUCAGCUGUCACAGGGACGUGAUCCUCUCCAUGUCAUUCAACACAGAUGGCAGCCUGCUAGCCACUGCCUGCCGGGACAGGAAAAUACGACUCGUUGACCCACGGUCAGGAGCAAUCCUACAGGAAGCCAGCUACAAGAAUCACAGAGUGAAUAAAGUUUUGUUUCUAGGAAACAUGAAAAAGCUGCUCUCUACUGGAACAUCCCGCUGGAAUAACAGGCAAAUUGCACUAUGGGAGCAGGGUGAUCUUUCUGUGCCUUUAGUUGAGGAGGAUCUGGAUGGCUCCUCGGGGCUGCUGUUCCCGUUCUAUGACUCUGACACUCACAUGCUGUAUGUGGUGAGCAAGGGUGAUGGGAACAUACGAUACUAUGAGAUAAACGCUGAUAAGCCAUACCUGAACUACCUGAUGGAAUUCCGCUCCCAUCAACCACAGAAAGGAAUCGGAAUCAUGCCAAAGAGGGGCCUUGACGUGUCGGCCUGCGAGAUCUUCCGGUUCUACAAACUGAUCCCAGGCAAAAGCCUGAUUGAGCCCGUCUCUAUGAUUGUUCCUCGCCGGUCGGAGUCGUACCAGGAAGACAUCUACCCAAUGACAGCUGGAGCCCAGCCAGCACUCACGGCGCAGGAAUGGCUGAACGGAAUUAAUAAAGGUCCUGUCCUGGUAUCUUUGAGACCAGGCUCUGAAAUCCUGAAUUCUCUGCCACAAUUUCCUGAGAGAGAACCAUCACUGCGGUACCAGGACAGGACCGAAAGAAUGGCAAUGAAGGAAAUUCAGAAGCAAAGUGAGAUCCAAGAAAAGAGAGGCCAGAAAAAAGUGGAGGAAAGAUUGCAGGAAACCAGACAAAUGCGGCUUUCAAAUGGCUUCGACUUAUUCGAGUGUCCUCUACCCAAAACCGAGAAUGAGCUGUUGCAGAUGUUUUACCGACAGCAGGAAGAAAUCCGGAGACUGCGAGAGCUGGUUAACCAGAGGGACGUUCAAAUCAAACAGCUAGAACUGGAGAUUAAAAACAUCCACAUGGACUCGGGCAGGUACUGAGGUGACAGCCAUGGCAUGCCCUGUGCCUGCAGCAGACCCCCAGGUGCCUCAUGAGAAUGACUCUUUCUAUGUUUUGCAUUGGGGAAAAAGGAGGUGAAUGCAGCGCACACUUCCCUUGGCUCCGAUAGCCGCCUGCCUGCUGUCCUGGGUGCUGCACAUGGAUCUGCUUGGCUGCUCUACAAUCUGCUGCCAGCCAGUUCUCUCACUGCAGGUGAUCCCAGGUUAAAGGUACUUCUAGAGCUGCACCAAGUCUGGGGAGACUGAGGCUGGAACAGUGCAGGAAAGGCUCUGGUCUGCGGCCUCCAUGCGACUCCCCUGUGCACCACGAGGGCGCUGGAGCAGGGCUGGCUGGGCUCCGGGCCUGCAUCCUCCUUGGGACUCCCCUGUGUGCUACAGGCAUGUGGCGUUAAGCAUGGGGCCUGCUGCCAGCCUGUGCUUGGACUGCAGCUGCAGUGGCCCUGCCCUCCAUGGCAGGUGGGGAAGGCUGCCAGUGCCAGACAAGUGCUGUGUGGAGUGGAGCCCUCAGAGGUAGCCCCUAUCUCAGAGGAACCAUCACGACAUCCAGAGAGGAACUGGUCCCUGCUGCUGCUCUUCCCCUGGCCCCCACAAAAAGGGCGUUUAAUGGGGAGGGUCAUGAGAGCAGUGAACUCUUGCUGCAGGCUGGACACUGCCUCCCCUUGUUCUUGUACAGCAGAAAGCCCCCAGGGCAGGCUGGAUAGCAGCCCCUGUCCCUACAGGCACUAAUCCAGCCCAGGGGCACCAGAACAGGGGGAGCCAGAGGCCAUGGCCCCCAUCACUUUUAAAAGUGGGAGGACAUAGCCACUUGUUUCCUGUAUUAAGGGCAGUGGAGAAGAACAAGUGGCAGGCAGGGCCUUGGGGGGGAAAGAGGUGGAGUGAGGGUGGGGCCCCGGGGGAAGAGGCGGGAGCGGGGGUGGGGCCGCAGUUCAGGCACCAGUGGCCCCUCCACUUCUAGCGAGCUUCUGGCGCUCCUGAUCCUGCCCCAGGGAGAUCAGGCUGCAUGCUGGCAUAAAGGCCUGUGGGCACAAAGGUGAUGUCAAAGGACAGCACACGGCACUAACAAGGGACGGGAUUAUGUUACACAAUGCUCUUGGUGCUCCCUGGAGGAGGGCAAUGCAGGGGAGCUCUGCCCAGGACAUGCCUCCCAGGGCACAUAAGCAACGAGACUGCCAGCCGCACUGUUUUAGGCCUUAGUUUCCCAGAAGAGUGAGAGAGUCACUGAAGGCAAGUGGGUGCUGAAAAUCCACGUGGCUACGGUGAGAACAUCUCUGCCCCUGCACAAGGGCUGGGUCAGGGAGUGUCCCUGUCAUAAGGCCAGUACCAAAGACCUGGACAGGCUCUGCCUAACGCUGCAAUGUUCUCCUUGGUGUCACUCAAGCUCCACAUCUCUAAAGCUGAGGUGAAUAUCUCCCCUGAUGUUUCCCCUCCUCUGGCUUAUUAUUAACACCUAACUGCUCUGCAUAGAGCUCUGUAGGCCUGCACUGCACUACACUGGAUGCCAUAAGCCUUCAGUGCACUGCACAUGGUGUUCCAGGGUUGCCCUGCUGCACAAGACACUGUAGGCCUGCACUGCACUAUACUGGAUGCCAUAGGCCCACACUGCACUGCACAUGGUGCUCUAAGGCUGCACUGCAGCACAGGGCACUAUAGGGGCUACACGGCACUAUACUAGAUGCCAUAGGCCCACACUACACUGCACAGGGCACUGUAGGGCUGCACUGCACUAGGCAUCAUUGGCUUGCACUGCACAUAGGGAGUGACAUCCUGGAGUCAUGUUAACUCUGGUAUAAAUCUCUUGGGCCCAUUGCUUGCUCCAAACAGCUUAACACUCUCCAACCUUCCCAUUGAACAGGCUUGAAGCCUUUGUCUGUCUGUGAGGCUUCCUUCUCCUUGUACAUGCAGCCCAUUGCCACCAUCUCAGCUUUGUCCCAUGUCAUCUCCUGCCUUAACACCUGCAAUUUCCCCUUCCCUGGCCUCCCCCAGUCCCAUCCUGUCCCUCCAUCCCAUCUCACCCCACCCCCCUCACCACUUGGGCACCCACGUCAUUUCCCUACCUGCCUGGAUGCCCCAUUGCUGCCAGCCUCUGCCUACUGCUGGGCUCUGCCGCCUCAUCCAAAGCGCAGGUCCACCCACUCCUCUGCCUCCUUCAAUCAUGCCCCAUUGCAGCUCCUUCCCCACUGUCCCACUCCCCGUGUCUGCAACAGCUUCCCAGCCAGCCACCGCCACUGCCCUGUACCCCAACACUGUGCACUGCAGUGUCAGGCUUCUGGCCCUGCAGAGAAGGUGUGGGUCAGUUACAGGCUUGGCCCUGACCACUCCCACCUCUGAUGCUAUGUGAACAGAAUACAGGGGUGUAGGCGGGAGCCAGCUUUCAUCUGCACUCCGAUAAGGGGAGUCUGUCUGUUGGGGAUGGGUGGGAACAGGGCUGCAUGCCAGGCCCAUUCUCUAAACUCAACCAUUUUCCAAGGGACAGAAAGAAGAAUUGCUGUAACUAAAAGUCACUGCAACAACGAGGAUUCAUCUGCAAGAGAGAAUUGAGGGCUCUGUCCUGCAAACACUCCCAUGGGCCCAGCACUUGCUAGCCCUGACUCCAAGGAGAAUGCCCGGAAGAGACGUGUUUGCAGGGUUGGGCCCAAACAUGCUUAAACUCUGGUAUGUAAGAGUCAAGGAAGAACUGCAACAUGCCUCUCCUUUAGCUGUGCUGCAGGGAGAGUUCACACAGCCCCAUGCAGCUCUAAAUAAGAACCAAUAAACUUAGGUGCUAAAACCAGUCACACACUUCCUUGCUUCACUAUAAACUGGUCCCCUCUAUUGGCCAGGGGGAAAUUAUGUUCUUCUUUUAGUAGUGUCCCUGUGUAUGCUCCACUGCACAUGCAUACGCGCCGCUUGAGCCCUUGAUUGGAGAUUUUCCAUUAGCAGUGUCUCUCCAGCCACGCACGUGCUCUACACAACCUUGCGGCGCCCUCCAAGGGUGUAUAGGGCUGUGCAGGUGAACGGUCCUCAGUUCCUUCUCUGCCGCGUUGCUGAGACCGGGCUCCAGCGUCUCUGCCCGGUGCACACUGCAGCGUGUUUACAGUCAUGGUUACUGAGGGCAUGUCUGCACUACAGAUUUAGGCCAACUGAAGUCAGGCUGGCCUACAGCCACUGCAGUAAUUAAAUUGGCUGUUGGAGUCCACGCUACUUUCCUGCUGGCGAUGUGCGUGC